AUGUCUGUUGUGCUUGUGUUUGUGACUGAAUUGGAAUGGGAAGGGAAUGGCACAAAAAGAAGGAUAGAUGAGGAUGAGUUGCGUUAUCUCCGAGGUGAAGGGUGGGGAGUUCUCGGAGGUGGAAGACUGAAUAGGGGACAGUAUUACUUAAUUGUGCGAUAUGCUACUACUUUGACGUCUGACGGACGGGUUUGCCCGCUGGACGCUGCUCCUGCAUCGAACUACUUGGGGAUGGAUGAGGUUAUACGAGAAAUCGGCCCCGCCCCGGCAGAGUCGCGCGGGAAUAGCACUGCUUGGCACCACCAGCCGUUCCGAAACACUGGACAGCGUGCUGUCGUGGUUGCACUUGCCAUCCCUGUUCAGUCUCUUGUAUUCAUUCCCACACACGUGUUGGAUGUCAAAGGUACACGCCGUAUUCCCCCUCCCCGGGCGGACCAGUCUACGACACGGAGUGCCCGGAUCAAGGAAUACCUUGGCAUUGCUGACACGUCUGUUUCUGCUGGUCUCGGCAUUGCAAGAAAACUGGCUGUGCUGCGCCUUCAGGAAGUACGCCAAUCCUCGGGUGAGAGGAAAGAUGUGCAUGGUAUGGAUGUUGUCAUGUAUAACCCGGGAUAA